AUAGGACCGGGGAUUGGAAAUAACUGGCCACUUCUUCAAUGGACAGUUUGGACGGAGGGCUCGCAAUUUCGAUUGGAAUUGCGCACGAAGAUAGACAGAUCGGGGACGGACUACUUCUUCGACGUUGGGUGGUUCUCCGAUUGCGACAGUAGCGGUGGACGAAAGCUCCUAGUGGCGAAACAGAGCCAAACUUCCGGCAAACCCUAGUCUUUGUCGGACGAACGAGGGCAGAUUCCGGUCCUUUUUCUUCAUCCUUCUUUGUUUAGUAUUCCAAUCCAAGCUUUUCACUAAUUUCUUAGAUUUUUUUACUCUACUUUGGUGUUCAUUGUUGGAUUGUUUUGUUUUAAUAUUGACGUGUUCUUGUCUUAUGAUUUUGUUUCUUGAAAUCAUGAGUGGCUAAAAAAAUCAUGAAGGGACUUCUCAGGUGUUACCCGAGUUCCUUCAAGUUGAAGCAUUUGCCAAGUUGAGCAGUGCCAUUUGGAAGUUCAGGGCUCUGUUUGUACGAGAAUGCAGUUGCGAGUGAUGUUGCUAUAUUCUUUCAAGAAAUUAAUAGAUUUUCAAAUGUCAGGCAGCAGAAGCACAAGUUGACAUGCCUAUAGUUGGAGCUAUUUCCUUGUAAAGCAUUUGAGAUCUUGUUCUAAACGGUGCGCCUUGAAAGAAGAGAAAGCAAAAAGAUUGAAAAUUGAACAAGAGCAAGAAGAAACAAAAGAAAGACUCCAGAAUUUAGAAGAUGUAGUAUCAUUGCUUUUAAAUACCCUGGGUUCAACGUCUAAUCAAUAUGAUGGUAAUACAACCACUUAGAAAAGUCAUGAUGAGGAUCGAUGAAACCAAGAUGAUGAAGCUGAAAGCAAUGAACUUGAAGAUGUAGACAGUGACGAGCAUUAAAGCUUUGGACUAUAUCUUCUAAUCAUAUUUUAAUUUAGUUCACUUUGACUAUUUAUACUUUAACUUGAAACGUAUGCAAAUGAUGAACUAAUUUUGUGAUGUUGGUUUACUUUCUAGUAAAAGGGUUAGUUGUAACCCUUUGAAAUGUUAUUGGAUUAUGUAUUUUUGUUAACACAAGUAUGAGUUUUAUUUUUUAUUUGUCAAUGAAAUUAUUUGAUAUCACUUAAAUAGAGCAUGUUGGUGUGAAACAUGAUGCCCGGUCAGGUUUUUGCGGAGAGGGAAGAACCGGUCAAUGUUGAACCGGCUCCCUAUGACCCCGAAGCUGAAUCUUGGGUGCAGUGGGAGGAAAGAUGGGUGAAGUUGGGCCGGACGCCUUGGAGCAGCUCGCUGAGGAUUCUCCCGGCCUCCUGGUUAUCCCUGUUAGAAGAAAAACUAAAGAGGGCCAAGGCCCAUAAUCGGGAGCUUCAGGACCUGACAGCCCGGCAACUAGAUGAGAUGGCCAACCUCUCAGCGAUUGCCAGGAGGGAGAACGCAGAGAUCCUCCAGUUAAAGGAGGAGAACACUCAGCUGAUGGGGGAGGUUUCCCACCUGAAGGAGGAGGUGAAACUGAAGGAAGAAGAGCUGCCCGGUCGAGCCAAGCAAUGGGUGGAGGAGAACUUGUUUGAAGCUGCCCGGGUUCUUACAUCUUCUGAAGAAAAUACCAUGGAGGGCUUCAAGCUGCUAUACCGGGAGGAGCACGGAAAAGAAAUCAUCACUCUCAGAUCGGCUCCUAUGGUUUCAUGUCUGGUCAGAAAAGAGACCGGGAAGCCACGCAUGAGAUAUUGGCUGACCGGGUUCCAAACUUCAAUGCGGAAUCAUAUGGCCUGGCCCCCAUACCGGAUGAAGAGCCUUCUCCCCCAUUCCCUCUUGACUGAUCUCCCCGGCUGCGACCGGUUAUCUCUUGUAAUCUUUGGAACAUCUUUUUUUGCCCUGUUAUGCCCGGUGUACUUUGUAAACAUUUGACAUUUAAUUUUCCCCUUUCAAAUGCCAUGUUUAAUUUUCGUACCAGUUAUCUCUGCUCUUUUGCUUGCUUCUUAAUUGAUACUUUGCUUUUGCUCCUUAAAAUGUCUUCAUGAAUACUUUUAUCGGUACACAUGCCAUCUGAUAAACAUCUGUCGGUAGAAUUUCAAAUUUCGUUCUUAGAUGUCUUUAUCUUGAAGAUCAAACCUUGACCGGUUGAACUUCGACUUUCACUUUUGGAUACCU